AUGUUGCCCAUUUUCUUCUCUACAUUUAUCCUGUCUGCUUGCUGCUGCUUAACUAAGGGAAACUGCAUCUCCUAUGAUGAGCUGAAAGAGCUGAAGACUGAAUUUGCCAUCAAUCUCUACCGCCAUGUAUCCGAAGCAGAGAACAGAACCAAUCUGGUCAUCUCCCCAGCAAGUGUGGCUGCUUCUUUGGAGCUGCUGCAAUUUGGAGCCCAAGGAAAUACCUUUACAGAGCUGCAGGAUGCCCUAGGAUACAACAUUCAUGAUCAAAGUGUGCAGGACUUCUUGCACGCGGUGUAUGAAGGAGCCACUGACUCCAGCCAAGGCACGGUGGUCCAGCUGGCGUGUUCCUUCUUCAUGGACGCCGGGGUGCAGCUCUCACCCCGCUUCGCUGCACGUGCUGCACGCUGGGCAAACAGCAGCCUGCAGCAAACCAACUUCACCGACCCCAACAGGACCGCAGCCCAAAUACAGGAAUGGAUCGCCAGUAACCUUGGGGGUGGGGAUGUGCGUGGCAUUCCGUUGGAGAGUGCUGGGUCACCACUCAGCCAGGUCACCCUGGUGAGCACCAUGUACUUCAAAAGCACGUGGCAAAAGAAGUUUUCCUUUAUGGAUACCCAGAUGUUGCCUUUUACCACAGCAGAGGGCUCAACCCUGAAAGUGCCCACAAUGCAUCACACAGCCGACGUUAACUACGGCCAAUUCCAGACUGCAGCUCUGGAGGCCUUCAACGUGCUCGAGUUACCUUACCUGGGGGAGAAACUCAGCAUGGUCCUAGUGCUUCCCAGCCACAAAAGAACACCUUUGUCCCAGAUUGAGUCUCACCUUUCUGCCAAAACCAUAAACCUCUGGGCCAACAGCUUAAAGAGAACGAAGAUGGACAUUUUUCUCCCUAGGUUCAGUAUUCAAAGCCUUUUUGACCUAAAGACAGUUUUUUCUGCCUUGGGAAUUAGAGACGCAUUUGAUCCCAUCACUGCUAAUUUUAAAGGUAUUUCAGAGCAAGGUAGUCUUUAUCUUUCAGAAGCUAUUCACAAAGCAGAGAUCAAAGUAACAGAAGACGGUACGAAGGCAUCAGGAACUACAGCAAUAGUAUUACUAAAAAGAUCUCGAACGCCUAUCUUCAAAGCAGACAGACCUUUCACAUUUUUCCUGAGACAAGCUAACACAGGUUCAGUACUUUUUAUAGGAAGAGUUACAAAUCCUUCAUAA